AUGAGCGGCCACGAAGCUUCAAAUGAUCCUGCAACAGUCGCUGCAACGACUGCUGCGAAAAAGCUGCGACUGUCAAAGAAUGUCUGGAGCAUUAAGUAUUAUGCCAUUGCUAUCGGCGCAAUUAUGGUUCUUUUUGCUGUAUAUCACUGGUCAAGUGUCAUUCACUUUCAUUAUGGUCGAAGGAGGAAGCAUCCUACAUUGACUCGGAAGUAUAGACAAGUUCGACGCUUCCUCUCCACCUCGACGAUGGGAUUAAGGACAGACCGGUCUAUUCUAUACAUCAUUUACUGGGCUAUAAAUUUGAUACUCGCUGUAACUAAUGUUGAUCUUACCAAUCUCAUCAAUGUUGCGAAACGAUUUGGCUGGAUUUCAGUCGCAAACUUGACACUAUUGGUCUUCUUAGCUUUGAAGAAUACGCCCCUCGCACUAUUGACAGCCACAUCCUACGAAAAGCUCCGCCCGCUACACAAGGUCGCCGGCUAUACAUGCAUCUUCACAAGCGUUGUGCAUGGUAUAGUAUACCUAUCUGCCUGGUCAGAGCACGGAGCCCUAUACGAAAUGCAGGAAACAAGUAAUUAUGCCGGUGCAAUUGCAGGCUUUGCCAUGGUGAUCAUUGGCCUUUCAACUAUCACAUACUUCAUGCGGGGCUAUUACGAACUCUUCUAUAUGCUACACAUACUCAUGUUCAUGUUGAUUGUAAUCACAGUCGGAAUGCACCGUCCGAAAUUUAAAACCUCGUCGGUCAUUGUCGUGAUUUUCAUUGCCUGCAUUUGGACUAUGGACCGCAUCAUCCGCGGUGCAAAGAUAGUCUGGAACUUCUUCGGAAAUUCUCUCACUGUCACAGCUCUGCCUAACAAUGCUGUUCGAGUGAAACUCAGCCGUCGCAUGCACUGCACUCCAGGUUCCCAUGCAUUCUUGUGGGUUCCUGCCAUCCGCUGGGUUGAAAGCCACCCGUUCACUCUAGUAUCUUCGAACCCGUCCGAGUUCGUUAUCAGAGUGUACGAUGGCUUUACGCGGGACUUGUAUAAAGCUGCCCAGGAGUCACCAGGGAGAUCUCUACGUUGUUCGGUGGAAGGUGCAUACGGCCAAGUCCCCAACUUCAAAGUGUUCGACAAAGUCGUUCUUGUCGCCGGUGGCAGCGGUGCUAGCUUCACAUUUGCUAUUGCACUAGACCUGAUCACGACAUCUACCAAAGCAGUAAAAUCGAUUGAUUUUAUUUGGGUAGUAAGAAAUCUAGAGAGCCUCGAAUGGUAUGUCCAAGAGCUCAAACAACUUCAGUCUCAUCCAGAAGUGAAUCUGUUCAUUCACGUCUCCGGUCAGGCUGGCCUGUCCGUCGUAUCGGCAUCCACGUCUGCGGGCUCUUCCUCAGAAGAAGUAUCUGAAAAGGCCCCUGUAAUCCAAGCAGAAGACUCUCCAGCGUUUUUAACAAGCGACCCUGAGAAAGGCGUUAGCCAAGAUUCUACAAGCAAUAUUUCUUCUUUGGUCAGCGGGAUCUUGCCGGGGCGCCCGAAUAUUGGCAACUUGAUCGCCGCCGCCGCCGCUGGGAGCGGCACAUUAGACGACCGCAUCAUUGUUGGUGCUUGCGGUCCUAGUCAGCUUAUGAGUACAACACGGGAGGCUGUCAACAAUGAGUUGCGUAAUGAUGGGCCAUCGAUAACACUCUAUACUGAGGAAUUUGAGUGGUGA